AUGGUGAACACAGCCCGUACGGAUUGGAAGACGCCGAUGAGCUUGCCAGGCUGGUUCGAAUCUUUGAAGAAACGCAUUUGUUCAGGACCAGCCAGAACGUCGCGGGAAGUUGCUGAUAGAGGAUGGGAGACGAAGAGGCCGAUGGACGGUUUGGAUGUCGCGGAGCAUACCAAAUUACUCAUGGUUUUGAUGGAGUGCAAUGUAGGUAGGAAGGUAGAAGCAAGAUUGGCAGUCCAAAGGAUCACCCUCUACCACUUGGCUUGGAUUCAGAAGAUGUGA